CGAUUCCGAUUCACUCGCCAUACUUACUACAAGGGGAUAUACCACGCCUUUAUUCUGUUGUAAAUACAUUCUUUCUCAGAUUGCUACCCACCUUAUCUCAUCUGGCGUAUAUGCGCCCGGCGGAAUCAUGGUACUGCUCACUGGCGGGCAAGUCUCAAUGGCCAUUUCCAGCGCGAUAGUUGUUCUCUUUACCGGCCUACUCUUCCUCGCUGGCUACAUCCUUCAGCAGCAAACCGUACAAUCGCUCCAGAUCGCGGUCCGCCCACGGAUACCUAAACCUCUUGCCCCUCCGGCCUCUCUCUCCAUUCCUCGAACUCCUCUGGACAGGAUUGCACGUGUCCCGGGCUCGUCGCAGGAUAUCGAUAAUGAGUUGCAACACUAUCUCUCGAUUGCGAGCAAGGGAAGCACGGAUUGGUCGAAGCUGGCACACGUACAGCUGGUACGAACGCAUGAGGAGGUUUGUACUGCGGUCAUGUUUUUCGCCGAACUUAAGCGGUUGAAGAGUCCUGCGAGACGAGUCCUCAUGUUUCCAGCAAGUUGGACUAGGGACAUGAGUGAGGACGAAUCGCCAAGCCUGCCACGAACAAGGAGGCUUCUGAGAACGGCUGCGCGGCGAUAUAACGUUGGACUACGUGCUGUGGGCGCGCUGGGAGAUGAUAGUGGAAAGGUGGACGCAAACAUAGCAAGCAAUUACAGCUUGAGUAGUCUAUGGGCCUUUGGGAAAGAGUUCGAUAGAGUCCUAUAUAUGCAGAGUCCGGGUCUACUGUUGGAUUCGGAGCCCCUAGACGGACUACUGGCCUUUGCACCGACAAAGAAGCUGUCUGCGAUUGGCGCUGAAAAUGAAAUUUCGAUGGACCUGCUGCUCAUUCAGCCUGAUCUGGCGGUAUGGAACAACCUGAAGGAUAUUCGCGCAGAGGAGCACAUCUCGGACAUCAAGCUGCUGAGAAAAACGUUCAGUGCAGAUGAAGCACUUCUGCGCCCAUCCUCAUACUUCUCACCAUCGAUAGUCGCAGACACAGCGUCUCUACGGCUGCCGAUCGACGAGUUCAAUGCGACGGCUUUCCUGGACAAGACAGCCUACCUGAGAUUUACAGAUCCGGAGAUUCCUGGGCCGGAAUACGACAUCCCAUAUGUCGAGAGAGCAAACUACCGGCCAGCAGAGGAUGGACCACGGCUCGUGUGGGACAGGUUGUAUGAGGUAUUUAGACAACGGAGGAUGGAUGUGUGCGGGCUAGAUCUCGAACAUUGGAAGGGACCGAAGGGAUCAAUCUUGUCGGAACCUGCGGAGACGGUGAAUACGCACGAUCAGCAUGAUGUGGUCUUAUCCGAGGUUACGGUGGAUGAAGACGCUGGAGAUAUGGAUAUCAUUCAGCCACAGGGAGAGCAGGAUCCUGCUGAGGAGCGCAGUGAUGAGCAUGACGAAGAACUAUAGAAGAGGGAGGUGGGAAUAAUGGGUUGGGGUGCAAACUUGUGCGGCAUAAUUAGCGGGCUCUAGCAUUGGAGAAGGCGUCUUGGAGCAGAUGAGUGUAGAAUUGGAGAUACCAUGUACUGUAUAUCAAUCAGAGUCGUUCACAGCC